GGACACUCCCUCCACUCCACUCCACUCAGGUAUACUUCUCGACGACGAGGAGCAAGCGGCUUCCCUAUUCACCCCGUAACUCCCUCGUUCCGUGCGCCGUGCUCGCUUGUCCUGCUCACAAGCCGCUCCGAACUCCUCCCCAACACUCCCACUCGCAUUUCGCUCCAACGCGCCGUUUCCCUCUUCUUCGCUUUCCGUCCCUUCCCUCGCUCCCAGCGUCAGGUCAGGGUCUUGUCUCGCCAUUCUCACUGCGGCCGUGACCCCCCUUACCCCUUCCCCACAUUGGCCAUUCCCCUCUGUCUCUCUGUCUCUCUCUGUCUGUUUCUGUUCCGCAUUUUGCACCUUCUCAAGCUCCCCUCAUUUCGCCGCACAGCAAAAGCUCAGCAGAAGCUCUCUACUUGCUGAGAACCCCGGAGCCUAGCGAGAAGCUCACUUCAUAAGCAUGGACCUCCAGCUUCUUCCCCGACGCCGCUCCUGGUCCUCCCCUGCUUACACCACCCUCGCCCUGUGUCUCCUCAUCAUCUCCAGGGGUGCGUCCGGUGCCACGUUCACUUUCGUGAACCGGUGCCAGUACACGGUGUGGCCGGGCAUCCUGGCCAAUGCCGGCAGCCCGAGCCUGGAUAGCACCGGGUUCGAGCUCCCCUCCGACUCCUCCCGCGCCUUCCAGGCCCCGACCGGCUGGUCCGGCCGCUUCUGGGGCCGCACCGGCUGCAGCUUCGACGGCUCCCUCUCCGGGACCUGCCUCACCGGCGACUGCGGCUCCGGCCAGCUCGAGUGCAACGGCCUCGGCGCCGCCCCCCCGGCCACCCUCGCCGAGUUCACCCUCGGCUCCGGCGGCCAGGACUUCUACGACGUCAGCCUCGUCGACGGGUACAACUUGCCGAUGUUGAUAGAAGGGAGCGGCGGGUCGGGGGCGUGCGCCUCCACCGGCUGCUCGGCGGAUCUGAACCGGCAGUGCCCGGCGGAGCUGCGGGUCGGGGAGGGGGACGCGUGCAAGAGCGCGUGCGAGGCGUUCGGGUCCCCGGAGUACUGCUGCAGCGGCGCGUACAACUCCCCCGUCACCUGCCGCCCCACCGUCUACUCGGAGAUGUUCAAGUCCGCCUGCCCCCGGUCGUACAGCUACGCCUACGACGACGCCUCCAGCACCUUCACCUGCACCGGGGCGGACUACACGGUCACCUUCUGCCCCUCCUCCACGAGCCAGAAAACAGCUAAAGAUUCUACGCCGAUGACAGCAACAACCACCACCACUCCAACACAAGGGUCUGGGUCUGAGUAUGGACCCGGGACCGGGACCGGGACGGGGACGGGGACGGGGACGGGUUAUAUGGGUACUGGGACGAUGUCGGGGCAGGGGCAAGCUGUUCUGGCCGACGGGUCGUGGAUGGCCGGGAUGGCCAUGGGAGAUUCUCCAAGGACUGCCUCUCCAUGUGCUCUGCAUUCUUAUGCAGCUAUUUGCCUUUUCUUUCUCUUCCUCAUGCUCUCCUCUUUUCACUUGUAGCUCUGUGUCUCUCCCUCUCUCCUUCUCUCUCUCUCUCUCUCUCUGUGGUUUCGCUUUAUUAUGAUUUUCCAUUUUCUGGGUUUUGUGAGGUAAGGUCAUAGGAGUACCACAUCCACAUCCACAAUGUAAAACCACCACCCCGCAUGACAUUUGCCUUGCAACCGUUCGGCGGUGCAUGAAAGAUGCUCUCGUUCUACGGCUAUUUUGGGAUGCGUUUCGUUAAUGUAUUGUGGUUCAGCCGUGCAAGAGAACGAACGAAAUCGUUGUUGGCUUCUUAUUUCUUUUAGGUUGGUUUGUGAAGUAAAAAAGCUUUUCUUGUCUUGUGAUUGAAGUGUCUCUGUUUCCAUGUGAAUGCACACUACAGAAUCGUGGGCUGAUUGACGUUUGCAUCAGAGGAAUAGCUUUGAUCGCAAGUCUUCAAGCUCUGCUUUUCGGCCUGUCUGCUGUAUGAGACGGAAUGCUUUCCUUUAGCAAUCGGGUAUUUUCAUUAUCA